AUGUCUUGUGAUUCUAGCGGUGAUGUAGGCAAGACUAAGCUUCCCGGCCUACAAAUAUUUUCGCACAACUGGAAUCGAUCAAACUCAACGUUGGCUUCAAAUAAGACCCGCCCUCCACAGGGGAUGUGGAUGACAGAAGAUGAAAAGCUCACCCGUUUUGAACUCCAAGCAAGAAAGCUUUCUGAUUGGGGUGUUGAUGCGUUGCAUGACAAUUCUCCAACAGUGGUAGGUUCUGCCGAAUUCAACAGUGAGGGCCAGGAAGUAUGGCUAGAGCACGAUAUCGAGCGGGAACUCGCAAAGCUUGAGAGUGAGCGCCUUCGUUCGUCUUCUAAGCUUGAGAUGCUGGCCUCACGUAUAUUUCAAGAGGCGCCGUUUUCUACCGAAAACUUUGUGGAAGAGUUCCAAUACACUAUAAUUGCCUCGCAACUGCUCACAGAUUGCUUACGGCCUCGCUGGGUACCGCCGAAAUCUCAGAAAUCAAUGUUAGAUUUUCACAGCGGUCUGAAAGGACCCAAAAUCCCACAUGCGCGCUCUGUGCCCACCAAAUAUGGGAAGCUCACUGCCACAGAGAGGCAAUUUGUACUUCGCAAAACAGUCCCGUUUUUGCCCACUUUGAUGUUCAGCCGCCAAUGUUUUGGUAUUAUGGUACGGUCAAAUUCCCCUAAAGGCUCUAAGAGGAGAAUUUUCGCUGCUCUGGCCACGGCGGUAUAUUUAGCAUUACAACAGGAACUUUUCUACUCCCAAUAUGUUAAGCAUUCGACACUACUAAGCUUGCGAUCAGUGAUCGAACAGCUCCAAGGACUUGACAAACUCCUGCAUCGGCUCCACAUGCGGUACAAGGAGUUAACUAUCUAUAAGCCCAUUACACUGAUCCAGGCAACUCAGACAUCUAGCUCAGACCUGUCAGUCAUACGAGACGUGCUUUCGUCAUCGCUCGACCUUAUGUUCUACGAGAUGAAGAGGAUUACUGGAAACAUUCUCCCUCUACUGCGCAAUCAAGAUCUCACCAAAUACUGCGAAAUUUACGCUGUAAAUUUGGUUGAUGUAUUCUAUGCCGUAAAUGAAGAAGCUGGUGAAGUGGGUGAAAAAGCUGCACGAACGCAUACACUAAAGAAAUUUGUUCUUUGCUGCUUGCUGUCGAUUGACCAUGGGCCGGGCUUUGGGUCUGACGAGAAGCAACCUGAGUCUACCGUAGGCCUUUUUAAGGCUUUCGCGCUUCAUAAAAAGGCGGGCCCUAUCUUGGAAUCAAAAAAGUUCGCAACAGUACUUACCAGUCUUAAAGAGUUGAAUGAACUACUAGCGAAUGUCAGCUUGUACCUGAAGCACAACAGGCCUCAUGGGAUGGACCCAGCGCUACAAACUCAUGAGCGCAGAGAUUCACAGGAUGUAAAACGCUCAAGCUUCUGCACGUCAGCAACUUUGAACAUGCUUAAAGAGUUGCAAAAAACACUCAUAGGAAGCUCGAACGAGAAAGAGGAAGAACUAGCGAGUGUGGUUAUCAAAAAGCUAGAAGAGAUCUCAAAACUUUGGAUAAAGCAGAAUGCCCAAAAAAACAUUAUCAAUCGACAGAACGAGAGAUCAAAAAAAGAACGACAUUUUAGCGGCUUACAGCUAAAUGUAGUCCAAUCACCAACCGCCGAAUCGCAUGAGCGCUAUUUGGAGGAGAGGUUUGAUGCUGCCAGCAAAAUUGACCUUAAUUCCGCAAUCGAGUUCAAGACUAUCCAUGGAUCUCAAUCUGACCUAGACUUAGAAUCAGAUGAGGACUUCAAUGCUACAAUCACCGAAGAAAUUUACGUCGCGAACAGCGAAGGAGAACUACGAGAGGUUUCUGAAAACAAAGCAUGUCUCUCUAAACUUACUGACGAAGAACUGCGGAAUCGUCUGAACGAACGAAUCAUGAGUUUAGCCCGAGAAAAUAGGCAGGGCAAGGAUGAGCUCAGGACAAAAAAAAGUUUUGGGCUAUUAGGCCAUGAUAGAAGCCAUAAAGAGAGCAGUGAUGGUGGUAGUGUGGGGAGCCGGCCUUCCCACAGGCCAAAGUUUAUAUCCGAAGAAAGCAUACCUGUUCUUUAUGAGCUGAAGCAGCUUCUGGAGGAUAAAUAA